CAGAGAGGAGAGAGAGACAGCGGGCCCCCGCGCGCUGCUCGGGGCUGGGGCGCCAGAAGUGGGACUGGAGCGAAGUAGAGCGAUGCCAAGGAGGAAACAACAGGCACCCAAGCGGGCGGCAGAUCUCUGGGUCUGGAGGGGAUUUGAACUAAAGGCUAUGCAAUAUAAUAAUAAGGAUGAGAGUAACUGUGAGAGCCAGGCCAUUCAAAGUGAGGACUCUGACUCAACAGGCCCACAAAUCAAGACCAAAUACAUGAGGAUUCAGGAAACAGUGAACAGCAGGUCACACUCAGGCUACGCCCAGGAGGAACAGCUGAAGGAAGAGGAGGAAAUAAAAGAAGAGGAGGAGGAGGAGGAAGACAGUGGUUCUGUGGCUCAGCUUCAGGGCAGCAAUGACCCAGGGACAGACGAGGAGCUAGAAACGGGCCCAGAGCAGAAAGGCUGCUUCAGCUACCAGAACUCUCCAGGAAGUCAUUUGUCCAAUCAGGAUGCUGAGAAUGAGUCUCUGCUGAGCGAUGCCAGCGAUCAGGUGUCAGACAUCAAGAGCGUCUGUGGUCGAGAUGCCUCAGACAAGAAAGCAAGCAUGCACCCCAAGCUUCCAAAUGAAGCCCACAAUUGCAUGGAUAAAAUGACUGCUGUCUAUGCCAACAUCUUGUCUGAUUCCUACUGGUCAGGCCUUGGUCUCGGCUUCAAGCUGUCCAACAGCGAGAGGAGGAAUUGUGACACCCGAAAUGGCAGCAACAAGACUGAUUUUGAUUGGCACCAAGACGCUCUGUCUAAAAGCCUGCAGCAGAACUUGCCUUCCAGAUCCGUGUCAAAGCCCAGCCUGUUCAGCUCCGUCCAGCUGUACCGGCAGAGCAGUAAGAUGUGUGGGACUGUGUUCACGGGGGCCAGUAGAUUCCGGUGUCGGCAAUGCAGUGCUGCCUAUGACACCUUGGUCGAGCUGACUGUGCACAUGAACGAAACGGGCCACUAUCAAGAUGACAACCGCAAAAAGGACAAGCUUAGACCCACGAGCUAUUCAAAGCCCCGGAAAAGGGCUUUCCAGGAUAUGGACAAGGAGGAUGCUCAAAAGGUUCUGAAAUGUAUGUUUUGUGGCGACUCCUUCGAUUCCCUCCAAGAUUUGAGCGUCCACAUGAUAAAAACAAAACAUUACCAAAAAGUGCCUUUGAAGGAGCCAGUACCAACCAUUUCAUCGAAAAUGGUCACUCCGGCAAAGAAACGCGUCUUUGAUGUCAAUCGGCCGUGUUCCCCCGAUUCAACCACAGGGUCAUUUGCAGAUUCGUUUUCUUCUCAGAAGAAUGCCAACUUGCAUUUGUCCUCCAACAACCGCUAUGGCUACCAAAACGGCGCCAGUUACACCUGGCAGUUUGAAGCCUGCAAGUCCCAGAUCUUAAAGUGUAUGGAGUGUGGGAGCUCCCACGACACCUUGCAGCAGCUCACCACCCACAUGAUGGUCACAGGUCACUUUCUCAAGGUCACCAGCUCUGCCUCCAAGAAAGGGAAGCAGCUGGUGUUAGACCCCCUAGCUGUGGAGAAAAUGCAGUCAUUGUCAGAUGCCCCAAACAGUGAUUCUCUGACUCCCAAGCCAUCAAGUAAUUCAGCUUCUGACUGUACAACCUCUACAACUGAAUUGAAAAAAGAGAGUAAAAAAGAAAAGCCAGACGAGAUCAACAAGGAAGAGAAAGUCCUGAAAAGCGAGGAAUACGAAGACCCUCUACAAAAACCUUUAGACCCUACAAUAAAAUAUCAAUAUCUAAGGGAGGAGGAUUUGGAAGAUGGUACAAAGGGUGGAGGGGACAUUUUGAAGUCCUUGGAAAAUACUGUUACCACAGCCAUCAACAAAGCCCAAAAUGGGGCUCCCAGCUGGAGCGCAUACCCCAGCAUCCAUGCAGCCUACCAGCUGUCGGAGGGCACCAAGCCAUCUUUGCCUAUGGGGUCCCAGGUACUGCAGAUUCGGCCCAAUCUCUCCAACAAGUUAAGGCCAAUUGCACCAAAGUGGAAAGUCAUGCCACUGGUUUCUGUGCCCACGAACCUGGCCCCAUACACUCAAGUUAAGAAGGAGCCAGAAGACAAAGAUGAAGUCGUGAAGGAGUGUGGGAAAGAAAGUCCCCAUGAAGAGGCGUCCUCUUUCAGCCACAAUGAGGGGGAUUCUUUCUCCAAAAGCGAAGCCCCUGCAGAAUCCAAAACGGCUGAGCCCUGUCUCCUGAAAGAGGAGGACAAGCUAAUGAAAGAGGGCGGUGAGAAAGAGAAACCCCAGCCCUUGGAGCCAGUGUCUUCUCUUAGCAACGGAUGUGCCCUCGCCAACCAUGCUUCGGCCCUGCCGUGCAUCAACCCGCUAAGCGCCCUGCAGUCUGUCUUGAACAAUCACCUGGGCAAAGCCACGGAACCCUUGCGCUCUCCUUCCUGCUCCAGCCCAAGCUCAAGCACAAUGUCUAUGUUUCACAAGUCGAAUCUCAGUGUCAUGGACAAGCCAGUUUUGAGUCCUGCCUCCUCGAGGCCGGCCAGCGUGUCCAGGCGCUAUCUGUUUGAGAACAAUGAUCAGCCCAUCGACCUGACCAAGUCCAAAAGCAAGAAAGCUGAGUCCUCGCAAGCACAAUCCUGCACAUCCCCACCUCAGAAGCAUGCUCUGUCUGACAUUGCUGACAUGGUCAAAGUCCUCCCCAAAGCCACCACCCCAAAGCCUGCCGCCUCCUCGAGGGUCCCUCCCAUGAAGCUGGAAAUGGAUGUCAGGCGCUUUGAGGAUGUCUCCAGCGAAGUCUCGACUUUGCAUAAGAGAAAAGGCCGGCAGUCCAACUGGAACCCACAGCAUCUUCUGAUCUUGCAAGCUCAGUUUGCCUCGAGCCUCUUCCAGACAUCCGAGGGCAAAUACCUGCUGUCCGAUCUGGGCCCACAAGAGCGAAUGCAGAUCUCAAAGUUUACGGGACUCUCUAUGACCACUAUCAGCCACUGGCUGGCCAACGUCAAGUACCAACUUAGGAAAACAGGCGGGACAAAAUUUCUAAAAAACAUGGACAAAGGACACCCUAUCUUUUAUUGCAGUGACUGUGCCUCCCAGUUUAGAACCCCUUCUACCUACAUCAGUCACUUAGAGUCUCACCUAGGUUUCCAAAUGAAGGACAUGACCCGCAUGGCCGUGGAACAGCAAAGCAAGGUGGAGCAAGAGAUUUCCCGGGUGUCGUCGGCUCAGAGGUCUCCGGAAACAAUAGCUGGCGAAGAGGACACAGACUCUAAAUUCAAGUGUAAGUUGUGCUGUCGGACAUUUGUGAGCAAACAUGCAGUAAAACUCCACCUAAGCAAAACGCACAGCAAGUCACCCGAACACCAUUCACAGUUUGUAACAGACGUGGAUGAAGAAUAGCCUGCAGGACAAAUGCCUUAGUUUCAACUUUCCAGCCUGGAUCCCCCUCACACUGAGUCCUUCUUCGUGGCACCACCCGCUUCUGACAUUGAACUCCGCCUGACACCCUGCUCUGAGAAGACUGCCAAAAAAAAAAAAAAACCACCCCCGCCAUUUCUCUUCAUCCUCACUAACAAUUUGGUAAUGAAGUAUUGAUUUCCACUUCUCUGGUUACGGACGAUAUUAGAUUUUCAUUGAUAAACUGCAAUGGGGCUGUCUUGUCUCCACGGUCCCCUUUUCACUGUCACGAGAAAACAAAGUGCCACUGAAGAAAAAUAACGACCGAGAACAUUGAUGUACUUAUUUUGUCAGUUUGUAACACUUGACAGGAAAGGGUGGGGAAAGUGUAAGUCUUCCUAGUUUAAUGUCCAAGUGGGCUGCACUAUAUGUAGAAGCUUGGGAGCAUACUUUUCAUGGUAAUGUCCAUUUCCUAUUUAUAACCCCUCUGGGAACGUUUGUCUAAAGGAAAUGUUUCUGUUCAGUGCAACAAUUACAGUUGCACCUGGAUUGCCCAGUCCUGCCCCUGCACUGGGGAGCCAUUAGUCACCACAAAGUGGAAGAAUUAUUAAGUUAAACCAGAGUUUGAGCCAAGAAAACCUCUGAACAAUGUUCAUCUUCUGUGAAAGUUGUUCAAAUAGUUAGGCUUAACCAUGUCGCUGCCAAAGACUUUUUCCCAUGCAGUGGUAGGCAUCUCUACUAUCAUCAUUAUCUUAAUUGGUUAAAAAUAAUAAUUUUAAGCAUGCAUCACUGUCAUAGGAGACCCGCAUAUCGGGAGAAUUGGGGAAAUUGGUGAAUCUGAGAGAAAGCAAGAAGAUGAGAUCACCUCAGCGUGGAAAGUUCAGCAGCAGCCUUUCCUGGUAAUCUCUUUGUGCAGGACCCGCUGUUGAUGAGCUCUAACACGCUGCUCAGCUUCCGAAGCAACAGAAAGCAUGAAACAGGGUGUCCAUUUUAAAUGUGUUCCUGCAACUUUUUUCAUUAAAACUUUGAGGGCCCAAUUUUAAUUUGUGGAAUAUUCCCGUUAAUAAUGAGAUCUAAUUAAGACAUCCAUUAAAAGCCCGUUAAAGUUAAUUUAACGUAAAAAUUCCAAUAGAACUGUAUUAGAUUUUCUCCAUUAAAUUAACGUUAUGGAUUUUUAACGGAUGUCUUAAUUAUACGUUAUUAUUAACGGGAAUACUGUAUUACACAGAUUAAAAUCAGGUCCUAAGUCAACUUGGAAAAGCUCAGAGCAUGUUUUAAUAUUAAAAGUCUUGCAUGCCUAGCGCACAGUCUGGAAAUUGCAGGGGCAGAUCUGUUUACUCUAGAUGAGCAUUUUCCAUACAACCGAAAGCAACCUAUAAUAGAUAAAUCCAUCAUUGCAUUUAAACAAUGAAUUUCUUUAUUCUCAAAGGACAAAUAAGUCUGGAUUGUGUCGUAAACUGCUACUCAGCUAUCGGUGAAAAAUUUAAACUAUUCUAGGCACAACACUAGGAACUAGAUGAUUCUGAAACAAACCAACUAUUUUCUGUUGUUGCUUUAAUUACCAAGGUUAUCACAAAAAAAAAUCUCAACACUAACAAAAUGAAACCAGAUAUAUCCAAAUAUAUCCUUUUUACCAUUUCUCGUGGAGGCUGCCUGUUGGAAUUGUUUUGGAAAUUUUGACAUGAUCCCUAAAUUCAACAUAGGGAUUUAAAAAAAAAAAAAAAAAAACUUCUUAUUUACCUCCUAGGGAAAGUGUUGCCCUUAUGCCACAUAUAAUAGCAAAUUGCUUUUUUUAUGGCUUGCAUAACCUAGAUGGGAAAAAAUAUGGCGCUUCGGGGAAGGAGGGAAAAAGUAAAUGAAGUUCCAGGAAUGUCAUUCUGAACUAAUGAGGCAUGGACAGAAAAUAUACCCCUCACAUCAUCGGAUUGAGAUGGCAGUCGAAAUAGCUUCAUUGAAGUGUCAGCACUCAUCCAUCAAUCAAUCAGCCACAAGGAAAAAUAGCAACCGUACAACGGGGCGGCUUUUAUGGGAUUUACUCAUGGGCAUAGGGAAUAGCGGCUCAAAUGUAGUUCUGACAUGAAAAGCAAGGUGCUGAUAUUAUUUUUUAUGAUGGGAGGAUCAUAAAGUGAAUUGAGAACAGCGAGGUCUGUCUUUGCUUAACCUAUUCAACCAGAAAUGAAUGGAGCUCGACUGGAAAGGGACCAUCUUCCGAUGGGUUAAGAUUGAAGAGUGGACUCUACCGAGCACUGUCCUUCGACACUGCAGUUCUAUUAAAAGAAAAUCAAUGCAUUAGCGUUGGGGUUCUUGAAGCUGUUAAAAAUUGCCUGCUCCAACCCAGGGUUAUUAGAUAAAGUUACAUAAUUCAGAUUCUGCCACAACCGUCCAAAAGCAGAUUCUUGAGCUCUUCCUUCAACUGGGGGGAGACGACACAAUUCUCAACUCUGUGGAAAUUGUUUCCCUUCUAAGAAAGAAAAAAUAAACCCUCUGCUUCAAUAUAUAAUCUA